UCCACCGCAGACAGCGCCCUCCUUCAGCUCCACUUCACCACUGGAUCAGAAUGGGCCUCUUCCAACGCAGCAGCAAGCAGCAGCCCGAGGGCAAGCUUGAGGUGGCUGAUGAAUCUCUUCGACAAGAGACAGAAUGGAAGCCAACAACUCACCAACUAAUGAUCAUGGUCGCCUUGAGUGUCAUCAGUUUCAUGGUCUCGCUCGACGCGUGUAUCAUCGUCACAUCACUUAGUGCCAUCGUAGAAGACCUCGGAGGCACCGCCACUCAGAGUUUCUGGGUCGGCACAGCAUAUUUGCUAUCAACAGCAGUCGCUAUGCCAUUCCUGGCCUCGAUAUCCGACAUCUUCGGCCGACCAAUCCUCCUUGUCUUUUCCAUUUGCAUGUUUACAAUCGGCUCUAUCAUUUGCGCCGUUGCGCCUGGUAUUGCUACUUUGUUGGGUGGUCGCUCGGUUCAGGGUAUCGGCGGCGGCGGCAUCAUUGUCUUGAGUCUGGUCAUCUUUACGGACAUCGUCCCCCUCCGGCAACGACCAAAAUGGUACGGAACAGUCCAGGGAGCAUGGGCACUGGGCAAUUGUGUCGGACCCGUGCUGGGCGGAGCCAUCGCUGACAACACCACCUGGCGUUGGGUCUUCUACGUCAUGUUCCCUUUCUGCGCCUUUGGCCUCGUCUCUAUUCCCCUCCUUCUGACGUUGAAGCCAAAGGUUGAGACGAUGGGCCAGAAGCUGGCACGUGUCGACUGGGUCGGCUCAGCUAUCUUCAUGACCUCUGCGACCUUAUUCCUCAUUGCCAUUUCAUGGGGCGGCACGCAGUUUGAGUGGUCCAGCGCGGCCACUAUUGCUCCCUUGAUCAUCGGUACCAUCGGCCUCGCUGGUACCGCUGCCUGGGAGAAAUACAUGGCAAAAGAGCCUUUCCUCAGGCAUUCGCUGUUCUACAACGUCAGCGCAAUCUCCACCUACAUCUGCAGCGCCGUUCAAGGCCUGGUUCUCUUCGGCCAGCUCUAUUACAUCCCCUUCUAUUUCAUGUCGGUGCUGGAAUAUUCCCCCAUCCACACCGGACUGGCCCUCCUGCCCGUCAUGCUGACCCUGGUUCCGGGGUCCAUCAUCACCGGCGUUUUGAUUACGCGGUGGAAUGGCUAUCGCUGGCCCAUCUGGUCAGGCUGGGUUGUCACAACGAUCGCUUGUGGCCUGAGCACAAUGUGGGAUGCGGACACCUCCAUCGGCAUCUGGGUUGUGACACUGAUCCUUUUGGGUUUCGGCCACGGGGCGGUCCUGAACGCGCAAAACUUUGCCUCGCAAGCCAUCUGCAACGAUGGCGAGGAGGCCGCAGCCGCAGCCAUGUACGGCUUCCUGCGACACUUCGGCACCGCCCUCGGUGUAGGCAUCGGGGGCUCCGCUUUCCAAAAUAUCAUGGCACUCAAGUUGUCGUGGACCGACCUACCUGACGGGGCGGAGAUCGCCAAGAACGCCGAGGCGUUCAUCGUGCAGCUGCUCGAGAUGCCGGCGUCCCCGCAGAAGACCACAAUCGUUGAUGGCUACGUGUUUGGCUUCCAGGGCGUCUACAGGGUCUACCUCGGAAUCAGCGCGGUCGCCUUCCUCAUCAGCCUGACCAUCAAACACUACGAUAUGAACAAGGAGCUUGCCACGGACCACCAGCUGCAGGACAACAACCUUUCUCGCAUCGUGGACAAGAGGCUGUCAUCGUACCGCAACUCGCGGAACCCUACCACCCUGGGCGGGCUCAAGCUCGAUUCCGUCCUGGAGAACGUUCAGGAGAGUCCACAGGAGACGCUCAACGGGUCCAGGAGACCGAGCGAUGCCGAGACAAAAGUCGGCAGCGGGGCUGUGACGCCACGCCUCCCGGACGGCAAGGAGGAUCUGCACGGGCUGCCACAGAUGCCUGAACCCGUAGCUACUGAGCUGAAUAGGGUGGCUACUAAUAGCGAGGCUCCGACUGCUCAGGCUGCAAAGUCUGACGUGAAGCCUGAACACACGAAUCCCAGGGAUGCUUCUGCUACAUAAUGAGUCAUACGAAUGGGAGUCUUUGUUUUGUUUUGGGGAGGUUGCUCCUGUCGUGCUCUUUUGCUCCAAGAUCUCUUUUUCUUGAGUGGGUUUG